UUAUGAAAGAUAAGAAAAGUCACAUCACACUUUUCAAUAUAUCAAAAGAGGUCUGCACUGUGUGUGUCUUCGUACAUUCCAUAACUUUGCAUUUGAUUUUUGUUUUAAAUACGAAAAAUGUCUGAUUCAAAGACAAUUGAUAUUGUGCCAGUUGUAAAAGCCGAAUCAGACGAUGCAGAAGAGGAAGAACAAGCAUCGCCGGCCGAAGAAGAAGAGGAAGAAAUGGUGUGCCCUCAAGAAAAAUUGCGUGAGGAUUGCCGUACUAACGAUCAUCAUGUUACGGAACUGCUAGAAAAGUACAAUGCCUGCAACGAACGAGUGAGUGCCAAGACAAAAACAAGCGAAACGUGCGAAGAGGAGCUGUUCGACUACAUUCAUGCCUUGGACCAUUGCGUAUCGAAAACGUUGUGGAGUAAAUUGAAGUAAAAUUGCGGCAAAGCGACUAUACAUUCCGGGUUGAGUUGGCUUUAGAUUAGAUGUGUUACAUAAUUUGAAUGAAUCUUUUUUGUUUAGUAUUUUGGAAAAUAAAAAUGAUUUCAUUCUGUCAAUUUACGUAACUAAAC